AAGUUUUCAUCCAAAAGCUACUACCUAUUUUCUCUUCUUCUAAGUGGUUUACACAAUACCAGAUAGACCAAAAAGAAAAAAAUGAGUCGCAUUGGUUUAUUCUUCCUCUUCCUCCUUUCUACAAUACUUGUGUCUAUUGCUAGUGGCCAAGAAAGAGCUCCUCAUGGCCUUGAAUAUGAGAGUCCUAUAGCUUUCUCACCAUCAGCAUAUGAUUUCUUUCAUCCUAAUGCACAAAAGAAAAAUGAGACCAAGGACCCUUGUUCUGCAUCAAAAUGUUCACCUUUGCCUAUGGCAGCACAAGUGGAAGCAACUCAAGUAUAUGAAAACAAAGCAUUGGCAACACAUAAAGGUAGGAAACAAAUUGGAGUUGGUGCUGUGGCCGGCAUUGUCUUCGCUGUUGCUUGUGCUGUGCUUCUGGCCAUGGGAAUAUACUAUGUAAAGGUCACUCGCCAAGCAAACAUGAGUAGAACAACCAACAACAGUGUUCAGUGUCAUGCAUAAUAUGCCCUCUAUGGUCCUAUGUCAGAUUAAAAAAAAAACUAUAGCUUAUAGCAUGGUUGAAACUUGACCUCACCACCCAAGUUCCUUAAAAAUCCUUCCCUAACCAUAUCUGUGUGUGUAUGUAAUGUAUCUAAAUUUUCUUGUUUCUUACCAGUAGUAACCUUAAUCUUUGUUCUUUAUGGUUAGCUAAUGCAUCUAAGGUUAUGAUAGUGAUCAAUUUCAAAUUUGGAUGUCAUCACAAAGUGUUACAAGCUUCUAAUUGGGAUGUUCCAACUUCUCACCAUU